GACACCGUUUUUCUCUCACAACGUUUAGGCAGAAGAAAACAGCGGAUUUCCCUCGUUUUUUAGCCAAAUAACGCGAGCAAACUGAGCCCGGCGACAACUGUUCACUUGGCGUAUUGGAGAUUAAUAGAAGAAUUUGUUUCUUGUGUGGUUUCUUGUGACAUACGGGACCGGAAAGGAGCCGUUUUCCCCCUUCGACACUUGGUUUACGGAUCCCCCCUGUUUGCACUUGAAGUUGAGUGAGCCGGCUGAGAUGAGCGGUCCCGAGGUGGCCAAGACACCGGGAGGCGGAGCUCCAGGAAAGGAAGGAAAGGAGCCAGUGGCCAAUGGGCACGCAGGAGAGGGCAGCGACGCCAACCCGUUUGCUGAGUACAUGUGGAUGGAGAAUGAGGAAGAGUAUAACAGACAGGUGGAGGAGGAGCUGUUGGAGCAGGAGUUCUUGGAGCGCUGCUUCCAGGAAAUGCUGGAGGAGGAGGACCAGGAUUGGUUCAUCCCUUCGCGUGACCUCAACAAUCAGGGGGUGGGGCAGCUGCAGCAGCAGCUCAACGGCCUCUCCGUCAGUGAUCACCACAGCAACCUAGAGGAAGUGGCGAGGAAGAGCAUCUUGAAUCCCGAAGCGAAGGAGUUCGUCCCAGGGAAGAAAUACUAGGAGUCCCCCUCACCCCCAUGGAGCCUCCAUGCGCACACACACACCAGUCCUCACAUAAUCUCAGAGACUCUGGCGGCCGCGACCGCACACACACUGAUUCUCACACGCACGCAUGCACACACACACCUACACACUUAAAGUCAGUGGCGUGCUGGCAGGCCCAGUUGGGGGGUGGGGGGAUUUCUUUUUCUUUUUCUUUUUCUUUAAUCUUUUUAUUUCCUGUUUGUUUCUUGUAAACUGAGGGACAUUGGGAACAGGGGUGGGGGAGGGGUGUAGUACCAGCACCGCCCCGCUGCGGGCGCUAGCUCAUCAUUGCAUUUCAGAUGACGCCGUUGAUAUUUACAGAGUACGCAUAUCGCAUUGAAGUUCCCUCGGAACUGAGGCAGCUACCCAGGAGUGAUGCCAGGACAAAACUUAAAUCCAAGAACUUUAAAAAUGUGAAUUUGUGCACAUUUCAAUUACAAUCGGGAUACAAAAUAUUACCAGCAGGUUGAGGGUUUCCGCACCAGUGAGAUUAGAAGGACUAACAUUUCAGGGAACUUGAUCGGUUUCUGCCGCUGCUCUGUAAAGUCAUCAGUCAAACCCGUUAACGUUGGCUCCUACGAUGUCGUGACAUCACAGCUCUUGUGCAUCCAGACAUGCGGGUUGUUAUUUGUAUCUGCAGUGGCUCCGUUCCAAACCAAGUACAGACCCCACCCUGCCUGCACCGUCGGUUAACGGAGGUCAGGACACACGUGAACAAGUGGAAUCAUUGAUGACAAAAUAUUAUUUUCCCAAACCAUGUGGAAGUCCGUGUUUAUCUUUUGUCCAAGAGCAGAGGUGGUGAAUGUUCCGAUCAUGCCUCAAAUUGAGUUUAAGAAGAAAAACAUGAGUAGAAGAAAGGUCAGAGCUUUUUUUAAAUCAUAUAUAUAUAUAUAUAUUAAAAAAAAAAAGUCUUGUGUUUUAAGCUCACAGCUUCAUUUUGUGUUUCAGUUCUACCUUGUUACAGCGGGCAGUAUUCAGUCUGGAACGCAGCCACUGCCUCUUUUUGCCGGAACAGCUUGGUUUGUUCAGCAUCAGAUCAAGUGUCCACAUCCAAAUCAGGUUCUCAAAUAGCCUCUCCUCCUCUUUUUUUCCCCCCUUUUUUUUCUUCACAUUUUUGAGGAUGAGGCGUUUUGUGUCUCUACUGGGUAUAGUAGCCUGUGGUGUCCAUUCAGUCCUGUUUGUAGGAAGCAGUAGGGAGAGGAGACGGUAUCGCCAUGGCCUGUCAGAGUAAAACGGUGUGGUUCGUAUGGCGGACGGUAUUGCCUCCUUGCUGUUCUUGUUGUCCUAACCGAAGAUGCAGACUGACUUUUUUUUUUUUUUUUUUUUUUGGAGGAAGUUCUACUUUUAAACAGCAAGUCUUUGUUGUGGUCUGGGUUUCCCUAAAGCAUCUCUCUGCAGUGAGAGAAAAACAUCAGUUAAACUGAAAACCAAUUAAAAAAAAAAGUAAACAUGAUGAUGCUUUUUAAGAAAACCCAGAUUCUAAUCAGU